ACCGGAAGUAAUCAUGAAAAGCUAUGUAAUUUUGGGGAAAAAACAACCCCGAGUGAUGUUCCUGCUCUAUUUUAGGAGAUGACAGCAAGAUAAUCCAUUCCUAAUAAUGUUUUCUGACUAAUAAACCUAUGACCGAUACAACAGAAAGCAUGACUUCAGAAAGUCAGUCGUCGGAGAAUCUUCGACAGUAUCUGACUGAUAAUGGAGAUGGCCACCAGAUUCUGUCGAUUCCCGAGGGCACCUAUAAAGGCUGGAUCCCACGGAUUUUGUAUACGUUUGAGCUCGACGAGUUACGUUUGCCUUUCUUAAAGCUGCUUUCGUUUCCCGUGGGUGGGACUGCGCUCGGUACACUGACCAAAAUGAAACUGUUCGAAGCAGUUGGAAAUUACCUGCACCGGCUGCCGGUAUCCUUUGCAGAGUGCACACAACUGGCUUACCUAAAUCUCGAAUUUAACCACUUCACUGCCAUUCCUGCAUCCAUUUUCGAGCUGGUUAAUUUAGAAGUUUUACUGCUUGGGGAUAACGAAAUCGAGGAGAUACCCUUGGAGAUAGGUAAUCUCGUGAAUCUUCGUGUCCUUAAUCUCGGUGGAAACUGCCUUACGAAUAUCCCUGAGGAACUUGCGCAGUGUAAGAAAAUACACCAUUUAAAUCUGUGUGGGAAAUUGUAUCCGCGAGCUGGACUGCAGACUGUUCCAAAGGGUGUGUGCGGUCUGGGCGAACUUGUUGACUUGGAUCUAAGUUGGCAGUCAAUACAGACGAUUCCCGAUGGAUUUGGCUAUUUACGCAAGCUCGAGAGUCUGAAUCUGAAAGGAAAUCAUUUGGUCUAUGUAUCGAUGUUCAUUCAGUACUGCAAGAAACUCGAAACCGUGAACCUGACCGGAGCUCUCCGAUACUGCUCCAUGGUUCCGGAAGCCAUUUUCAUGUUGGAGGGUCUGAAGAAUUUAAAUCUGACGGGAAAUUUUUUCACGGAAAUUCCAUCGGAAGUUUGUGGGUUAAGGAAGCUGAGGAAACUUUCCAUCCAGCGAAACGCGUUACUCCGUCUCCCAGAAGAACUUUUCAGUCUUGAGCAUCUAGAGUAUUUGGAAUUAGGCGAGAAUUAUCUGGAGACGAUUCCCAAUGGAAUAUCCAAGCUGAAAAAUUUAACUUAUCUCAACUUAGAACAGAAUCAGAUGUCAUCCAUCCACGAAGACAUCUGUAACUGUCGCAGCUUGCAGAGCCUACUGCUCGGUUUCAACAAACUCGACAGCGUCCCUGAAAGAAUCUGUCAGCUCGGUAACUUGCGUUAUUUAUCGCUCGACAACAACAAACUCACGGAAAUCCCGUUACUCAUGGACCGGCUGGAACAUUUACGAGAAACCGGUGGACUCUAUCUGUACAACAACAGUCUGAAAAAACCACCACAAGCUAUCUGUAAUCAAGGAGUUAUCCCCCUUUUCCUAUUCUUAAAGGAGAUGAGAAUCAGUGCGGCGAAACAUCGACGGAAGAUGAUUUUGAUUGGUGCGGUAAGGGCGGGAAAGACGAGCUUGAGGAACGCCCUGCUACUUGGACAUUCGCAGCUGACGGCGGAACACGAACGAACGUGGGUGCUAGAGCGCCAUCUGUGGGAGCCGGAGUCCGAUCUGAGGGUACAGAUUCUCGAUUUCGGCGGACAUCAUAUUUACUCGGCUGCUCACCAGAUGUUCCUGACGCCUGAGGCUCUGCACCUGCUGGUGUUCGACUACACGAAGUACAACAUGGACAACUAUGACCUACUCAUUGGCGAUUGGCUGGAUGCCAUUAUUGACCGUGCUCCAGGGGCAACUAUCAUUGCCGUGGGCACGCACGCUGAUCUCUGCAGCAACGAGGACAUCAACGACAAAACGGACGACAUAAUCCGCAAGAUGCACCGCGAGGAGAACACAAAGCUCACGAAGUUGAAACAGGAGAUCGCGAAGAUCCAGAUGUUUUUCGACCAGCCUGAGGUGCGGGAGAGUCGCGGUAAGAUCCGCGACACGAAGAUCGAGAGGCUGCAGGAGAAGAUGACUCACAUGCAGAAGAUGCUGAACACGCGUUCGCUGAUGCCGGAGACCGUCUACGCCGUCAGCUGCGCAGACGAUUUGACAGGAAUUGAAGAGUUCCAAGAAGGUCUCAUCCUAAGGCUGAAAGAUAGUGAAGAGAAACCACUGCCCGAUUCAUGGCACAAAUUCCUCUCCGAGAUCCAAAACUAUCCGGAGAAGAUUCUUCCCUGGGACAAAGCCCUCAACAUUUUCACCGACAUCAUGGCUGACAUGAACCAGUCUAUGAUCAGUCUGGGUGGCUCACCGGAACUCAGCCUGGGAAUGGUUCUCAAAUACCUGCACUCAACGGGUGAGAUCGUCUGGUUCCCCGACAACAACAAACUGAAGAACAUCGUCUUUCACCGCCCAGAGACUCUGAUAGAGAUGCUGCGAGCUGUCUUCCGGCACGAUUUCGAAGAGGUUGUCAACUUUGUCGAAGAGCACGGUUCCCAAGCGGAUCUCUCUAGUGCACGAUUCGAUAUCCUGAAGCAGGACUUCAUUAAGAAAGGAUUGAUGGCGUACGAGCUGUUGAAAUAUACUUUGAUUCAUUUCGAGCUGUCGACCGACGCGCUUUCCACGUUCGUUUCCUUGAUGCUGAAAUUUGAUCUGUGUUACGAAGUCCAAAAAUCGUCUUCCAAUCCAUCGCUGGUCAGUUCGCCCUGCGUGCUGCUAUUUCCUUGGUUUUUCCCUGAAGAGGUUCCCGAAAGCCUAAAAACAAAAUGGCCGUCACAGACUCCACCCAACACCUUCGAACUAAGAUACUGUUUAAAAUUUCCCAACAAAGGUCCACCAAACUUUUUUGAAAAGUUUUCCGUCAAGCUGCAGAACCACGUUUCCGACAGGAUUAACUGGAAGUCGGGCAUCCUUGCUCGUAAAAACCUCUCCCAGAUGUUGAUUCAGAGGACGCAGGACGAAGAUGGGGACUUGAUAACAGUGUCAGUACGCGGUACGGACCUUCCCGAAUUGUGGGGGUUGAUCAUGGCGACGCGGAAUGAUUUUAUUUUGUUGUUGCAGGAGUGGCCAUUUAUUCGCUUCAAGCUGAACCUUGUUUGUACUCACUGCAUCCUGCGGGGUUACGACAACCCGUACCAGUUUGACGGAGAAGUCCUGGAGAUGACCGUACCCAGAGCCACCUACUGGGAAAACUGGUGCCGUAAUUACGAAAACGAUCUCAUACCAGCCUGCUUCGUGUAUCGCCUUGAUCCAGAUUACCAGGAUGAUAUUUCCAAACAUAUGCAAGCAGCUACCGAGUUCCUGCAGAAAUCCAUGGAUGCAGUUGAUGGGGUACUAGGCCUCCUUUCUGACGCUGGGCUGAUGUUCGUUGCGUCGCACAUUGGUUUUGACUGGACACUGAUCUCACUCAGUCUCGGACUCACUCAGGCCCAGAUUGAGCAGAUUCAGAUAAGUCACCCCCAUCAAGCCUUCCAUCAGAUCACGACGGCGCUAACCACGUGGCGAGAUGCGCGGGAUGUGUCUGAUGACGAGAAGAUAUCACAGCUACUUACUGUGUUCGAGAGCGAAGAGAUUGGCAAAAUCGAACUGGCAGAUUUACUGCGCGAACGCUACGGUUUGUGAAUUUUUCAGCGGCAAAAACGAACUGGCAGAUUUACUGUGUGAACACUACGAUUUGUGAACUUUUCAGCUGCCUAAUACAGUGAAAGCUGUUGUUUAAAAUUGGACCCUGAACAAACCAGAAUUGUGUCAAAACCGGCCAAGUGUUGUGGCCCCCAAUUUUUCUCAGUUCUAAAAUUCGACCCUUUAAACACAGGAUUCUGUCUAAAUCAGAUGAAUAUUUUAUGUCCCCUGUGUGAUCCGGUUUAGACACCUUUCCUUGUCCAUAAAAUGUGAAAUUUGGAACUGGCAGAUUUACUGCGUGAACUUUUCAACUGCCUAGUAUACACAUACAAUAUAGCUCAUUGAGUCUGUGAAGUUUUGAACUGGCAGAUUUACGGUUUGAAAGCUAUGAUUGGUGAAGUUUUCAACUACCUAAUACAUACAAUAUGGCCAAUUGAUCCAGUGAAGUUUUGAGCUGGCACGUUUACUGUUUGAAAGCUUUGAUAUGCAAAGUUUUCAACUACCUAAUAUGUAAAUGUAGCUCGUUGAUGCUGUGAAGUUUUGAACCAGCAGAUUUGAAAGCUAUGAUUUGCAAAGUUUUCAACUACCUAGUAUAUACAUACAUUGAUGCUGUGAAGUUUUGAACCAGCAGAUAUGAAAGCUAUGAUUUGCAAAGUUUCAACUACCUAGUAUAUACAUACAUUGAUGCUGUGAAGUUUUGAACUGGCCACUUUACUGUGAAGUUUUGAACUGGCAGAUUUACGGUUUGAAAGCUAUGAUUUGCGAAAUUUUCAUAUAUGUAGUACAUACAUACUAUGUAGGUCAUUGAUGCUGUGAAGUUUUGAACUGGCAGAUUUAAGAUUUAAAAGCUAUGAUUUGUGAAGUUUUCAACUACCUAGUGCAUACAAUAUGGCAAAUUGAUGCAGUGAAGUUUUGAACUGGCACAUUUACUGUUUGAAAGCAAUGAUUUGCAAAGUUUUCAACUACCUAAUCUAACCGAUUGAUGCUGUGAAGUUUUGAACUGGCUGGUUUACUGUCCUGCACCUGUGAAGUACCAAACUGUCCUUUUUAUUGUCACAGUAAAGUCUUGAACUGCUUGGUUUUCUGCAUGCAUGCUGUGAUUAGUGAAGUUUUGAACUAGCCACUCACCAUGUUUCAAAGUGAUGAGAUUGGCAAGAAAAAUAUCUAGAUGAUACAACAUGAGUGCUAUGAUUUGUUCAGUUUUGAACUGGCCGAUUUACUCUACGAAUGCUAUGAUUUGUUCAGUUUUGAACUGGCCAGUUUACUGUUACAGUAAUAUUUUGAACUGAGCAAUUUAAUGUACUGGUCAGUUUUUUGUGCAAAUGCUAUAAUGAGUCUUGAAGAUGCUAAUUUACUUCGGAGGUUUGAACUGGCUAAUUAAAGUAAUUUACUGUGACUGUAAUAUGUGUCCAAUUUACUACACAAAGUUUCUGAACUAGUCAAGUUACUGCACAAAUGCUAUGAUUUUUGAAGUUUUGAACUGUGCAAUUUACUCUGCAACUUCUACAAUUUGUGAAGUACUGAUUUAAGUAUAGGUUGAAUUAAUGUGUGAAUGAUAUGACUAGUGAAGUUUUAAACUAGCUAUUGGCCAUUGUAAGUGGGGGUAGGGCCAAGAACAAACUGGACUAUUUACUGUGGAAAUUGUCCAGUUUGUGAAGUACUAAAUUAAAUUUUAAGUGACUGAUCUACUUUGAAGUUUAGAACUGGACUAUUUAUUACUUAAAAUUAGGAUUUGUGAAUUUUUGAACGAGCUACUUGUUACAUGUUAAAAUGCCAAAAAUUGUGUGAAGUACUAAUUAAAUAUAAGUGACUGAUUUACUGCAUGAAUCAGGCACGGGGGAAGCAAGUCGACAUUGGGAUUUGUGAAGUUUUGAACUAGCUACUGACUGAAAUUAAGGGUGUAAAGCAAAGUUUCUAGGGGAUUCUGGGGUAUGCUCCCCUCUAAAUUUUUAAAACUAGAUGUCCUAAAAUGCAAUUUCCUGCAUUCUACAAUUAAAAAUCAUCUCUGUCUUAAGUUUAACUACCAAUAAAAUUUUGAUUAAAAAUUAAUGGAGGGACUGGAGACCCCCCCCCCCCCCCCCCCCCAGCUCCGUCAUGCCUGAGAAUCGAUUAAAUGCUAUAAUUAAUGACAUUUUUAACUAUCCAAUUUACUAUAGUACGUUUGUGCUAUGAUUUUGUGAAGUGUUUUAUAAAGUGUGUUCUUUAGAUGAAAAAAUAAAACUAGUUUCUUGUAGUAUUCGACAAGAUCAGCAAGAAUAA